AUGCUACAAGAGUUCAGUUUCGGCAUUCCCGUCGUUCUGACUCCUGCAGGAACUGCAGCUCUCGGAAACGACAUCGCCCUGAUCCACCUACCUUCGCGGCUCACAUUCGGGCCGAGCAUCCAACCCAUCUGCUACCCAAUCACGGAUGACUUGGGGACGGCCAUAGCGGGAUGCGACAAGAAGAUCUGCGGCUGGGGUUACAGCAAGCAAGACAUAGGUAGUCGAUAUCCUGAAUCCUUGUGCAUGCGGGACCCAUCACGUGCGGAUCUUCACAUCCGCCAAGAGUACACUUUAAAAGGAACGUCAGGAGGAUUGCAAUCCACUUCCGUCCUCGCAUCCAAGCAUCUACCGGUCUCGCUCACCUUGAAGAUGCAGGCAACCUCCGGCUUCCUCUCCCUUUUCAUCCUCCUCCUCGGUUCCAUUCUCGGGACCAGUGGGCGUACCGCGUGUCCCGUCUCCGAUCUCAUCCUUCCCUGUGUCUGCUACCAUCAUCUCGGGAGACAGACUAUUGUGGACUGUUCUGAGGCGAAGUCGAGUGACGAGAUCUUCUCCGCCUUCAACGACGUUAGCUGGCCCUUCACGGAAAUCUGGAAGUUUCAACUGACCCACAACUGGGAAAUUCUCGAGUUGCCCGAUGGAGUCUUCGGUGAUGUCACUUUCGAGGAAAUAUACAUCUACAACGACUCCUUGGUCAGCCUCCAUCCCGGGGCCAUCCUUCCCUCGAAAGAUCGACUUCGGGAACUGAAACUCUCCCGUUGCGGCAUGGGAAAGAUCCCAGGGGGGAUGGAAGAGUUCCCCUGGGACAUCCUCCCGCAAUUCAACAAACUCACGCGACUCUACCUAACGAUUAAUGCACUUACCACUUUGCCGGCAAUCCAAAGUGCGAGUCUGGAGCAGAUCCAAAUCGGAGACAAUCAAAUAAUGACGCUCGAGUCUGGCUCGUCUCUCCCGAGACUUUCAUUUUUCAGCAUGGGUUGGAAUCCGAUCUCGGAGAUCCCCCCUGGAUUCUUCAGCGACAUGGAGGGAUUAAGGGAUUAUUACUGCAUGGGCUGUUCCCUCGGACCUACAUUGGCGACGCGGACUUUCGAUUUCCACAAUGGACGCAUUCGAAUUUUUCAAUUAGAGGAUAACUCGAUCUCAGCCCUGGAGGUGGAUGCAAUCACAGGUUUGCAGCCCAGCACGCAAAUAUAUCUUAGAGAGAAUGAAAUCGAGGUAUUGGCAAUGGAUUCAUUUCGCCCCAUGCUUGACGUUCUCUCGCAAGGUGCCGGGUUCAUCGAACUCUAUGGUUGGAAUCCGAUCUCGGAGAUCCCCCCUGGAUUCUUCAGCGACAUGGAGGGAUUAAGGGAUUAUUACUGCAUGGGCUGUUCCCUCGGACCUACAUUGGCGACGCGGACUUUCGAUUUCCACAAUGGACGCAUUCGAAUUUUUCAAUUAGAGGAUAACUCGAUCUCAACCUUGGAGGUGGAUGCAAUCACAGGUUUGCAGCCCAGCACGCAAAUAUAUCUUAGAGAGAAUGAAAUCGAGGUAUUGGCAAUGGAUUCAUUUCGCCCCAUGCUUGACGUUCUCUCACAAGGUGCCGGGUUCAUCGAACUCUAUGGUAAUCCCGUGGAGUGUAAUUGCACUAUGGCCUGGAUAGUGCAGAAUCCCGAUUACCUGGCAAGCCCGCAAGGAAAGACACAGUCCACUCUAGAAGGAGCUUCGAGGCGAUCCAAUCCACUCCCUCCUCUCUCCCAUUUCCCAGAUUCGCUCACCUUGAAGAUGCAGGAAUGCCUCAUCCCUCUCUCCCUCUUAUUCCUCUUAUCUUCCGUUCGCGGGACGAGUGGACAGGAUCCGUGUCCCGAAUACGAUAACCUCGCUCCGUGUUAUUGCUCUUAUAAGGAUGGAAUCAACACUGUGACCGUGGACUGUUCGCGGGCCACUUCAAGUGAAGGAAUAUUCUCUUACUUCAACAAUGUUAACUGGCCCUUCACAAAUCUCACGGAGUUUCGCAUGACCCCCAACGAAGCUGUUCGAGAGUUGCCCAAAGGAGUCUUCGGUGAUGUCACUUUUCAGAAAAUAACGCUCAUACGAACCUCCGUUCGCCGCAUCCAUCCCUCAGUCUUGCUGCCUUCGAAAGAUCGAAUUCGGACGUUGGAAAUGACGCAUGGCGCCUUGGAAGAGUUCCCCUGGCACAUCCUCCGGCAGUUGACCAAUCUUUCGACGCUUUGGCUCUUCCGCAACGCACUGACCACUUUGCCACCACUCAAAAGUUCCAGUCUGAGGACCUUACACAUCUUUGUAAAUGACAUAACAAAUCUCGAGGCUGGCUGGUCUCUCCCAAAUCUUACAGCCCUCUGCUUGGAUUCUAAUCCAAUCUCGGAAGUCCCGGCUGGAUUCUUCAGCGACAUGGGGAACCUGGGAGAUUUUCGUUGUGAGUACUGUGGCCUCGGACCAACAUUAUCGACCGGGUCUCUCAAAUUCCGCAGCUCAGCCGUGCAAUUUAUUAGACUCGAGUACAACUCGAUUUCAACUCUGGAGCCAGAUGCAAUUACAGGUUUCCAGUCCAACACGAGGAUAUUCAUGUCCUACAAUGAAAUCCGGAAACUGACGGAAGAAUCCUUCCGUCCCAUGCUGGAGGUGCUCUCACUGGGGAAUGGGUUCAUCCGUCUAUACCGUAACCCCAUCGAGUGUGGAUGCAGCAUGGCCUGGGUGGUGCUGAAUCCCGACUUCUUGGCGAGCAUUGCCGGUUCCUGCCACACCGGAAUGGAUUUCCAUGACCUGGAUCCAAAUAUUUUUGAAAACUUUUGCGUGAGGAGAGAUCCUCCUAUGCCAGGCGACUAUUCCACUUGGAUCAAUUCCUGAAUGAUUCCAACAAUAAAUGAAUAUUGAAUCCCAG